AAUUUAAUGAUAAUAAUAUAAUUUUUGUUAUAAUGGAACUUGAUGGCGAAUCUCACAAAAGACUGUCGAGUAUGUCGAAUAGGUCGAUUGGAAAAUAUCAUGAAAACGGGAUUCGCCAGAUUGAUCCAUUAAAAAUGACAUCUCUUUACCACAUAAAAAAGGCUAAACAUGCAUUAUCUACAUUGAAAACAGUUGUUAAUGAACCUGACUGGAGAAAGAUAUUUGAACAUAAUAGUGGUGUUGUCGUUUGCAUGAAGCAGGAUACUUCAAAAAAUGAAAUUAUUCCAUUAAUUAAGGGAGAGUUAAAUAUACAAGGAUUUACACCUACUGAAAUUUUCUCAGUCAUUCAAUCGAGAGAUAUCUGGGAUGAUUGGUACGAAGGAGGAUGUAUCAUUGAAAGAUUAAGCGAAUCGAUAAAUUUGACCUAUACUGUCAUGAAAAGACCAUUUAAAUCCAGAGAUUUGUCAGUGGUAGAAAAUUUUGAAUGUAGCAAAAACGGAACUAUUUAUUACGCAUCCACAUCUGUCGAUACUCUAAAGACACCAUCUUUUGGUGUUGGAAACCGGGAGAAAUUAAAACUCGGUGGCUGGAUACUUAAGUCCAUUUCUAAUUCACCACUCUGUACAAAAGUAGUAUAUGUUAUUCAAAUGAAAGGAUGGACACCUGUCGACAUGUUUAAAAUACAUCUGUCUAAGCGGCCUCUUGUAAUUAAUACUAUCAAGAAAUAUUUACAAAAUAAAAACAACAAUUUCACACCUCCUCCUCGAAGUUCCAGUCUCCAAAAUUCAAAGCAAGAAAGUAACUUUAAUGGUAAUGAUGUGGCAAAGAAUAGACAUAGAAGUAGACCAAGUUCUCUUGGAGAUAUAAAAGAACAGGAGGAGGAGAAUAUGGAACAAACGAUUGCUGAUUUUCCUAUUCCGCCAGAAAGAAAUAUACCAUCUGAACCUUCCUUUGAAAAGCCAAUAGUAUCUAAACAUGGAUCUCAAGACCUUUCAGAGUUAAUCAAAGGACCAGGAAAACCACAUGAUUAUUAUAAUGCUGCACAGAAAGCUCUUGAAUUGUUGAAGCUCUUGGCUGAUAAUUGGGAUGGCUGGGGUCUUUAUGCAGAGUCUAAAGGUGUUAAGAUUUAUCAAAAGGAUAAUGGAAAACCAAUGCCAUAUUUGCGUGGAGAUGCUACUAUUUAUGGUGGAUUCCACCCUGCUGAUAUUCUUUCAUACAUUAAUAAUUUGGAUGCGCGAAAAUUGUGGGACGAUCGAUAUGAAGAUGGCUCUAUUAUAGAACGUUAUAGCCUUGAUGGUGUGAUUAUAAAAAUGUCAAUGAAGGGAACUUUCCCUUUCAGUGGCCGUGACUUCAUUAUCAUUGGUAUAACUGAACGUGAUCCGGUUACUGGUACAAUUUGGGUUGCUAGCACAUCUAUAGUAGACCCAAGAGUUCCAGAGAACAAAAAAUAUGUCAGAGGCAAUUUAAUUGUUGCUGGAUGGGUAUUACGGCCAAAUUUUGAUGGUGAAAAAAUAGUUAGCGUUGAUAUCACAUAUAUUGUUGACAUUGAUCUCAAAAUUACUUCAAUCCCACAAUCAAUUCUUAAUAUGAUGUCGACGCAAACGCCAUUGUGUAUUGCUAAGAUUAAUGAUUCAUUACAAAAAAUAGGGUUUCCACCAUAUAUUCUAAGAGCCUCCGGAUUGAUAAAAAAUACCGCGUUUAACAUAAAAACUUUCCAAUAUGACGCUACAAUAUCAAUCGAUGGUGGCACAAUAAUAGAACUUCGAAUGUCAAAAAAAAUGUACCCUAAUGGUUUUGAUAUUUCAGUCCAACUCGAAAAUGCAAACGUUGAAUCACUAAAUGACGGUGAAGUCGUUCGUAUUACUGUUCCAAAUGGCACGGAAACAUUACAUAUCAACGUCAAGAAAAAUACCAAAGGAACUCAAAAUACAUUUAGAGGCAAAAAAUUCGCGACUUCCGAAGAAAUCGAUCCUAUUUCGAAAUCAUCGAAAAGGCCCAAAAGCCACAGGAAGGAUGAUACUAAUAAGAAUACAGCAUCACAAACAAAUGACGAAUCUGUUGCUUCAAACAAUAAGAAUCAAAAAAAUAUAGUAGUAAAACUUCCUAAAGUAAAUCACGACAAAGUUAUACCUAAACGAACUGAUCACAAAUGGUAUAAUGUUUAUAUUCCACCACCACCAAGACAUUCACAGGAAGGUUUAGGAUUUAAUACCAAAGAACUCACAAUAAUCUUUGUUUUAAUGUUAUUUGCUUAUUAUUCUGGAAAAUUAAGCAUUUCUUGGAAUAAUUAA